ACACAAAUGCUUUUAUGGAUGUACACACAUACAUGCGUACAUACAUAUGUCAUACUCGUAUGUGCGCCGGACGCUUGCAAGUUUUCAAGUUUUCUGUUAAGUCUAUACUCAGCCGUUAAUUUCCAGUGCAAUACUACAUUAAAACUUUUCGAAAUUGGUUUUCUAAUAACUUACGAAUGUAGAAACAAAUUCGCUCUUUUCUCCAACUAAAUAGCAACUUUUUGAUGUAACUGUAAAUCAAAUAAUUUGUCGUUCUUCUCCUUGGCUGCUAUUCAUUUUAGCUUCCGAGUCGAUGAGCAAACUCUUUCGUCCAGCUUCAGGAGCACGUGCCACACCGACGAAAAGCGUGCAGACCCCAACCAGUGAAAAGUGCGAUGUCGUCUCCACCACGUCGGCAGCGACCAGCAAUGCGCUCACGGAUAGCAUAUCAUUGAUAUCAACGGCCAGCAGCGGCAUUAAAGUGCAGGAUUUGAGUAACUCCGCAUCCGCUGAGCCGCAAUCAGAUUCCGCGCACACCAACACACAAUCGAAUGCGAGCUCAUCGCUGGGCAUGCACGAUGACACGGUAUCCACGGCGUUGCUGGUGGACACGAGUUUGCAUAGCGCCCCUGAAUUGGAUGCUGAGACGGGCGGGAAGAAUGAAGUGGAGCAACGCAUACCAAAUGUUAAUCCCUUCCUUAGCGAAAACUCGUUAGUGCAGAAGGUAGCUUCGCUACAACCGCUGCUCACUCUCAAAAUAGGCACACUUUUCGAACAAUCCAUCGUACGCUAUACGGCACGCUUAAUUGCGGCGCGUUUUCUAUUAACCGGCCAAGCGCAUGGCUUGCAUAGCGACACCCAAAUACGCAUAUCCAUAAAGAGCCUAUCGCUGUCUGUUCUAGCGCAAUGCGUGCGUUUCGAUCCCGCUGUGCUACAGCUUCCGCUGGAGAUCACAGAACAGGAGGUGCAGGAGUUGCACAAGCAGUUGAUAGCAGCAACAGAAUUUUCUUCGAAAAGCUCCAGCGCCAGUGGCAGUCCGAGCAUUCCACAAAGUGAUGACAGCGGCAGCGGCAACAGCUCGAAUCUGGGCAAGGACUAUGAGCACUUGGAUGCGGCGGAUUUCACUAAGAGCAAUCCACUAUCCAUCGAUGCAGCAGCCGUGGUGGGCGUUAGUGAUUUGCCAGCCGAAUUUCAGCUGCUUGAAAUCAAGGACGAUCAUUUUGGCAAAAGUACAUGUGAAUAUUUACUUGAAUCAAUACCUGUACUGAGCAAGAGCGCCGAUCCAGUGCUGAUGUCACAACAGGUACGCGAUAGCACCCGCAAUAGAUCGGCGAAACAGCAGCCGCUGCAAACUUUAUCAAAAUCGGAAAUUAUCGAAACCAAAAGUAGACAGCAGCAUCGAAAGCCAAGUCAAUCGUCGUCAUCUCCUUACCGCGUGACAGAAUCGCUGCAGGAUGUUCCACCGCAAAUGCUGCCACCGCGGCCACCUAAACGCACGAAAUCGCAACGCAAAUCGAUUGCAACCGCAGCGGCCACAGUCGCGGCUUUAAUGCAAAUUGAUGAGCAUAUCAGCGGACGAACUUUGGCACCCGGUCCAACGGCCACACAGCACCGACAACAAAUAGCAGAUGUAUUGCUCUACUACAACCACACAGAUCCUAUGCUGCGCGGUGGCGUACAACAGAUUAUCGGCGGUUUUUUGCAAACGUUAGGGGCCAAGCAGGUGACCAUGCGCUUGGAGUUAAACGUGCAACAUCUGUUGGCAAUGCUCGUGAGGGGCUUGCAGGACGAUAUACACACAGUGGUCAUACAGGCGUUGAAUGCAUUCGAGAGGAUAUUUCCGUAUGUGGUGUCCAAAUAUUUGAUAUUGCCGACAGCGCAUCAUCAACACAACCAACAACAACAACAACAACAAACACAACAACAACAACAACAACAACAGAAAGCACAACAUAAACAACAACAAACACAACAGCACAUACGGGCCCUCAGCUCGCAAAGUUCGACAGCAGUGCUUGUUGAGGCAGCUGAUAAGAGUGGCAGGAAAUGCCAUGCUAAUGCCUCUGGCCAAGUGCCACAACAGCGGCACUACACUAACGAUGAAACAAAUUUUGGCUUUUCCACCACACAUGCCAGCAGCAAAUCGCCAGCAAUGGCCCAACCAGCAGGAGCAGCAGCAACGGCAGCCUCAACUACUAAGACGUGUCCUCGAACGCUUUUCAACGAUAAUGAUGAGCUUAUAGCUGCACUUUUGAAUGAUUUUCAAUUGCAAUCGAAAUCGAAUCGCAACGACUGCAGCUACAGCUACGAUAACGACAACAACUCCGAUGAUACCACUCAGCCGCUGAUGACUGGCAUGACAGGCAAUUCUUCUACUACUAGCCGGGCGUUCCCACUUCCGGCUGCCGCUGCCGCUGCAGCUGGAUUUCGCAUUUCACCCAAAUUACUAUUGAGUAAAUUUCGUCUAUGUCAUUACAACAAAUAUUGGUUAGUUCAAAAUAAAUACGCCGAAGUUAUUUCGAAUUUAAAUUACGCUGCCUUACAUGCGGCCUGUAACGAUUGCCAUGGCUUUUGCUGUGGCACAACGAAUGAUGGCUGUGAAUGUGCCAUUGGGAGUGUUGUUGCUCGUGAAGAGGUAGGAAGUGCCGUCGGCAGCGGUAGCAGCAACGACACUAACACUGAUAACAAUACCCUUAAUGCCUGUUCAAAUGCUACCAAAGAUGCUGCUGCUGCUUCUGCCAGUUUGGAUGCUGAGAAGGAUAUGAUGUCGUACAACGACGAUGAUUCGGAUGAUAGUGUCUGUAUUUAUGAGACUCAAUUUCUGGAUGAACUUUUGCAAUUGAUCGGCGACGAUGAUUUCCGUGUCAGAGAACAUGCCGCACUCUGCCUUUGUCGCUUCAUCAUACAAAAUGCAAAACGCAAACAACAACAGUGGAGCAUAAGCAACAACAACAAAACAUUCAGCUCGUCUAGUGGUGGGAUAGGUGCAACAACAUCGACAAAUAAAUUCGGCAAUCGACAACAUCCGGACACUGGCCCAUUUGGUGCUGGCAUUGGCGAUGGCGGUGUUGGCUCUGGUGCUGCUGGUGGUGGUGCCAGUGCUGUUGGCGACGACAAAUCGCUCUCGCCGGCCACCUAUGAAACUAAUUUCAAUUUGCUGUGGGAUUUUUUCGACUAUCGCCUGUUCAGUGGCCUGCCAUUGCCGUUACGUAAUUUAUUCAGAGCGAUGUCAUCGCCGUCAUUGGCGGCGACAACUGCCACAGAAGUCACAACAACGACAGCAGCACCAACGACUUUAGAUGCUAGUGGCGGUGAUUUUUCGGAUGCGCUGCCACAACGCCAUCGAGCGGAAGAGGAAAAAUUGUUGGCUAAAGUUUUGUAUCGCAUGACAAAUAAACUGAUGGAGCUGGAGGAUAAAAAUGCUCAGUUUGGCAUAAUUUACGCACUGAAAAUGUUGCUACAAGAUUUCAAUUUCAUUGAUUACCAACGUGCAUGGAUGGAAUUUAAUUUCAUUGAAAUCUGCCAGAGAUUCUCCUAUUACAAUUAUGCCACAGCCGUGGACUUGAGCUGCCAGAAUGACUUGAUUGAUGUUACCGGUAAAUUAAUGGCAGGUUACAUGCUCGCCUCCACUUUAACCGCAGAUCAACCCGAACGUACACUGCAAUUACAAUUGGAUCAACUGUUGGUGCAUGUCAUGAAGAUUCUCAAUAUCUACUAUCAUCUCAUUACCCAACAAAAGCCGCUACUAUUCGUGAAAGUGCAGAAAGGUGAUCUCUUCGCAAAUGCAAAGGAAUUGACGUUGGUGCAAAGCGUUGGUUAUUUCGGAAGCGAUUACGUUUAUAUAAAACUUUACAACAUUUUAAGAAGUGCUAAUGACAGCUACAAGAUAACGAUAAAUCAAGAAUCCGGCAGGUUAUUAAUUUCGCUACUCCGGACGUGCCUCAACACUUUGAGUUUGUGCAUUGAAUUGCGCACACAUGCCGCCCUAGUGAUGCCUAGCACCACACCCACGGGCCACACUCCGAGCCAUGGCAGACAGCGCGGCAAUAGCCCCAGCAGCAGCGGCGGCGCCGCCGGUGGUGGUGCCGGCAGCGGUGGUGGCACGGAUACUUCGCCAAGCACCGGACAUGCCUUUGGCGUUAGCGGCGGAGUUAGUGCUUCUGCAGUCUUCCCAUCCAACGCCAUUCUAAAAUUAAUUGAAGAAAUUCUCCAGUAUUUGAGCAAACUCGUAAAUUAUGCGCCCGCCGAGUGCAUCGCAUGUCUGAGGCAACUGUUGAAAUAUUUAUUUGGCCAAAAUUAUGGCAACCAACAGCCAGACUAUUAUGCCACAUUCAUAAGACCGUAUUUUGUGGUGCGCAGCAAAGGACAACAGCUGCAACUCCACCUACGGCAGCAAAGAAGUUUACACAAACAACAAAAGUGGUGGGCACACAGCAAAAAGCAGCAUCUCGAUGCACAGCAGGGCACAUUAGGGAGUGGCACGCAAGGCGGGGGCAACAGUGAUCACCGGCAGGCAAUCACCAUGUGGCAUGCCAUAAAUUCCAAUGCAACAACAAUACAUGCAACAUUAGCUACUAUGACUGCAGCAACAAUUGGUGGCUCAGCAGCGGUAUUAAGGAGCGCACGAGCAGGCGAUGGCAUGUCGACCCCGACAAUGACUUCGUCAACUGUCACACAGAAUGAGCCAAAUGUAAUUGGUACACAGACAACUUAUGGCAAACGAGGCCAGGCGCAUAUUGACUUUGGUCUUGAUAAUGGUGGUGGCGGCAACAAUCUACUGCACUUGACAGCGGCGGAAUAUUAUCGCUUGGUAGGCGAAUUAUUUGCGAGCGGCCUAAAUUUGCAAGCCUAUAAGUCGGAGCGUGCCAGCGAGUGUGUGAAGCACAUUAAACUGUUUGAGCCGUUGGUAAUCUAUUGCCUCAUGCUAUUCCUCAAAUCGAAUGCACGUAUUCAAGCGCCCAUUUUGGAGUUGCUAUCUCAGUUGCUGGAACUCAAUGUCACUUACAGUGUACUCGACUCGAAAAAUGUAAUAUUUGAUCAGAUUUUAAACAAUUUGGAUUUAAUUGAAAAUGGCAUUGUCAGAAACGGACCGCUCAUCAUUCCUCCCAUGAUCAAAUUCCUCAUACAGUUGACACACAAAAGCGAUCGCAAACUCAUCACCAUUCCAAAAAUUAUCAGCAUCAUCAACAGCUUACUGGCUAACAAUGCGGUGCUCGAUUGCGCUGUGCUUGCUCUCAAAUCACUUUCGUACGAGAUCUUCUUCAUGCCGCCCGUUGGCGGUAAUGCCGCGCUCACCACACUUGCCGACUAUCGGGCACCUUUUCAAAGUCCCGUCACACGCUCGCCUGUACAACAACGCCGUCCGGCUGUUGAAGAAGCUGCCGCCGCAGCUGCAGCUGCCGAAGCGCUAUUGGCAAAUAGUCGAGAGUUGGAUACACAAAAGGAGGUCGUGUUGGGCAUGUUAGAGAAAUUUUUGGAUGCCAAUGAGCUGCAACGUGUCGUUGCAUUGCUGUUGCUGCGCGAACGUAGCGCUCAGCAAAUAUAUGGUGGGAAGCGCGUGGAAGCCGCGGAUGCUGAAAUGGAGCCACCCAAAGUUAGUUGUACGUUCGAGUCGACGCUGCUGCAGGAUCCUAAUGUCGUUUAUGCGUUAAUUUGCCGUGCCAUGUGCGAUGAUCGCUGGCGCGUUAACAACUGGCAAGAAUUUUACAUUCUUGAAUCGUGCUUUAAGAAUUACAGCAAAUAUGUGUUGGCGGACAGUAAGAACUUUCUCAUGCUGAUGGAACUAUUUCUAAUGGAGGACGUGGAGAACUUUUCCGCUUUGGCGCAUGCAACGAUCAUCCUAGCAAAUGUAAUUCUUAAAACUGAGGAAAUUUAUUUAGUAAAUCACAUCAAACUUUAUUUGAAAAACCAUCCGGCGGUGGAGGAGCGUGAACUCAACAGAGUCCAACAGCAACAACUGCAACGACAGCAGCAACAGCAACAACGUACCGCACAUUGGCUGGUAGACGGCCCAUCGACAUCUUCGGCAGCGGCGCGUGCAACCGCCACAGCCACAGCCGCAGCCUCAAGCUCCGGCCAAGCGUCGAGUGGCAGCAUAAGUGAAAUUAACUAUUUCGCAAAAGUUUUAUGCGAGAAGCUAGAAAAUUGCCUCAACGUCGUUUCUGCGCCCACCACUUCUACCAGCUGCAACACCACCACCAACAUCAUCACUAGCGCCUGCGGCGAUGUGGCCUACUAUCAGCUGGCUAGCCGUUUCGUGGAAGCUUUGUAUGACGUCUGCUGCCGUUCUCGCCACAAGGAUGCGCUACAAUCAGUUUUUCGUUUGGUGCUGGCCGAAUCGGCACUGCUCGAUAAGUACUGUAAUUUCCUAACUGUAGAGCCGUGGCAAAGGGGCGACGAAGUGCGGCACGCGGACAACACAACUACGACAGGGCAGGCGUGUGUUAUGGGUGGUGGUAGUGGAGAACAGGCUAUGCAGCUGCAGUUGCUAGUCUUGAAACUUUUGUCGGCCAUGAAAUUGUUAGAUCCGGUGGUGAUGUUGCAACUGCUAAAACAACAAAUGCAAAACGUAAACCAAGAACAGCAGAGAAGGUAUGCGGCGGCAACAAAUAAAGAGCGACUGAAGUGGUGCGCCAACAUGCAGAGGACACUUCUGAGUGAAAUUUGCCAGCAAAAUCCGAAUGCACGCGACUGGACGACGCAACAAGUGCGGCAACUGUUGGAUGCAGGCGGAGCUGAAGUUGUGAAUUUCCUAAUUACAGAAAAUUUCGAGUUCGUCAGCGAUUUGUGCGAAGUGGCAGCAACAGAGGCAGGCGCGUCUUCGUCCACACAGGCACCAGAGAAAGUAGCUGGCAAGUUGGGUGCCUUCUGGUUGAAUGCGUUGCUGCAACAUGCGAAUGCGCUCAACAAGCAUACAAUACGCGCACUUCCACCUUUGCUGCUGCGCUUAGCCAAUGCAACAGUUAGUGCGGGCGCCACAAGGGGUUGCAAUCUGGAAUUAACGCUACUUAGCUUGCAGCUGCUGCGUUGUCUACACACACGCCACGGCGAUUUGCGCGCGUUGCAGGUGCGGUUGGAGCGGCUGGCGCGGCGACUUGUGUUUAAUUGCAGCUCGUCGUCGCCUCUCAACUCAAGGCAGCAGCUGCUGAAGCACUUGUCGGAAUUAGCUGGGGAUCAGCUGGCAACAGAAGCGGAAAGCUCAUCAACUUUGUUCUGGCAGCAGUUGUUGUUGGAGGAUACUCAAGAAUGCAAACUGGAUGCUCAGACCGUAGCAGAGCAGCAAAGGCAACAGCAGCGCAUUAUCGACGAGAAGUGGCUAUUGAGUCAGUUAAUUAAAUUCUCCGCACAAUCAGACUAUGGCGCCCAACAACUUUCGCGCAUUUUGCUGGAAAUACAUUCCGAGCAAAAGCUCUACACGAUAUUCAACAGCAGCGAGUUCGCAGUGGCGCGUGUGCUGCGGCAUGCAAUCGCCAGCUCAAUGCAGGCGAUGUUGGCUGCCUUCCGCAACAAUUGCACCCAACAUAAUCCGCACAUUCACUACAUGCAACCGAAUCCAUUAGUGCGCGUUACCUGCAACAUCUUGAUGGCAAGCAUUAGCGCGGAAAUUGCCGCAGACAGCCGAGAUAAACUACAAGCAACACUAAUGGUGCCUACGAUUGUUAUACCCGCGAGCACAACUGCUUCGUUGGAGGGGCCGACAAUCGAAACCGAGUGGCGCACGGCAAGCAUUGGUGGACUUCACCUAUGCCACGCUGUUAUUACGCUACUGACGCAAAUAAAGCUGAUAGAGGAUACCGCGCUGCUUUACAUAGAGUCGAAAUUCAUCGAUAAGUUUGUACGCGACCAGCUCUUGCGCCCAGAACAUGUGGCAACUCUGUUACGCUUCUUAGAUUGGUGUUGCAGGCAAGCGCAGCAACUGCUGAAACAACAGCAGCAUCAGCACCACCACCACAGUGAACAACAAAAUGCAGUUACCUUGCUGCAGUGCAUUGCAGCAAUGCUACAACAGCGCUUCAUAUGGAUGGAACUUAAUCAAAUGGAAAAGUCAACUGCCGCAUCCGCAGCAACAACAAUGCCAGCACAAAACUCUGGCUUUGCUGGUGGCCUAUUAUCGCCUCAACAACGCAAUUUGUUGCUAUGCCGUACAUUGGACGUCUUGGUGCUGGCUGCCAGGCAGACGCUGCAACACACAAUCUUCUACAAGCAUUACAAGCAACAGGCGGCAGCUGUAGGCGGCAAAGGAGGCAGCGAUGGCGAAGAGCACCGUGCCGUCGAAACGCAAGAUAUCUUCAAUACAUUGGGCGUAGCAGCUGCGGUAGACGAGUUGGAAGGCACUUUGCAGGCUAACAACGAAAUUGAAGCGAAUGAAGUUGCUGUUGGAAGGCUGUUGCAAGCCUACGCCCCACAGGCGAUUUUCAUUGCAAAAUUAAUCGAGGUGCGCACCGAUGAGUCAACUAGUAGCGGAGAAUGUAUCUCAGCUGCCUACCUUACUGGUGGUACAGACAAAAACGGCGCGCUUGGCACUGCAGGCGGCGCGUUAAGCGGUGGUGCCGGCAGCAGCAUGGCGACGGGCGGUACAGGUACGAGUGGCGGUGGAGCGUGGACUGGCGCCCAAGCUGAGUUUGAAAAAUAUAGCGGUGGUGCGAAUGGCGUACAAGUGCCGAUGCAUAUUUUGGUGGCUAUUGGCAUCGCGUUGCUACGCACGAACCAAUUCUACGCCUAUGCAGUAACACCUUUCGAGAUAAUACAGCAACAACAAAGAGAACAACGCAUUGAACAGUUAUCGCCAACCAAACGCGCUGGACAAUCGUCACCAACAACAGCUUCUGCGGCAGCGGCUGCAGCAGCCUCGAGUGGUAAAUUGCCAACAAUACCCGUGGAGAGUUUAAGCGAUGUGGAUGUAUUACGCAAAUUUGUUAAGAGAUUAUCAAUUUUUGGCUUUACCACAAGGCAACAAUUCGAGGAGUACUUUAUGACAUUCUUGCUGUUAAUCAAUAAAGUUUACGAUGAGAAUAUGGUGGACGAACAGGAGCAAUUUCAAAUAAGAUCCACAUGCUUCGAAGCGAUUUUGGAACUUUUAAUUACGUAUAAAACUUUUCCAAUUGUGGGUAAUAAACUUUCGCAUUUUCAUCAUACGACACGGUGGACUCGCAUUAAUUGCGACAGUAUUAGCAACAUUUUAAGUCAAACUCAUGCGAAGAGUGAUGAGGAAAUGCGAAACAAUGGCAGGAAAUGA